AUGACUCGAGCGCAGCAGACCAUCUCAAUAGCCCUGCUGAUCUCCUCACUCUACCUUGCCUGCUAUCUCGGCCUCAUCCCUUUCCCCGCGAACAUUCAGAAUGAGAUAAUACCCGUCCUUCCCUUCUGGGCGCUUGUGUCCUUCGGCGCAUACCUCCUCUUCAAACUCGGCCUCGGCGUGUUCACCUUCAACGACGUCCCCAAGGCGCAUCAAGAGCUGAUGGAGCAGAUCGAGCAGGCGCGGACGGAGCUAAAGGCGGCGGGAGUGGAUGUUGAUUGA